CAAACAGCUGCUUACUACUGAAGUUCUGUCAAGUAUUACGAUUACGAUUCAGUUCUUGGUUUUGCAAACAAUAAAUCUAGAAUUUUUCAUUGAAUAUUAUCUAUUGUAAAGACAACUUCUCUGUAUAUAAUUUAAAGUCCUGAUUGCUGGAGUUAGUACAGUGAAAAUAAAUCAUGUCAUAUGCUUAUCUAUUUAAGUAUAUCAUUAUAGGAGACACAGGUGUUGGCAAGUCAUGUCUUCUUCUCCAGUUCACCGAUAAGAGAUUCCAGCCGGUCCAUGACUUGACAAUAGGUGUGGAGUUUGGAGCUAGGAUGAUCACGAUAGAUGGGAAACAGAUCAAGUUGCAGAUCUGGGACACGGCGGGCCAGGAGGCGUUCCGGUCCAUCACAAGAUCAUACUACCGUGGUGCGGCAGGUGCCCUGCUAGUGUAUGACAUCACACGGCGUGAGACGUUCAACCACCUGACCACCUGGCUGGAGGAUGCUCGCCAGCAUUCCAACUCUAACAUGGUUAUCAUGCUCAUUGGAAACAAGAGUGAUCUUGAGUCAAGGAGGGAGAUCAAAAAAGAAGAAGGUGAAGCAUUUGCUCGGGAACAUGGAUUGAUCUUCAUGGAGACAUCAGCAAAAACAUCAGCCAAUGUAGAGGAGGCUUUUAUCAACACAGCCAAAGAAAUCUAUGAAAAAAUACAAGAAGGCGUGUUUGAUAUCAACAAUGAGGCCAAUGGAAUCAAGAUCGGGCCCCAACACUCGCCCAGCAACCCCAGUCUCCCCCCUGGCAGCCCAGGCUCCAUGCAGAGUGGUGGCUGCUGCUAGAUCUCUCCCGAACUUGCUAUUUUAUGAUUUACUAUUAAACUGUAAUAUAUUAAAGUAAUCGGUUUAAUAUUUUAAUUUUUCAAAUUUGAGGGGAGUGUGCCAACCACUUUCAUUGUAAAUGUAUAUACACGUGAUCAUUUUUAUUAUAUUGUAGUUAGUAUUAUUUGAUUAAAGAACCAAUGAGUAUAAGUAAUUCAUGUAAGCUAUUGUAUUUGUACUUUGUCUUUCAGUCAAUCCUGUAGGCCUGUUGGACAAUAGAAAUAUGUUGUUUGUGUUUCAAAUAAAAAGAAUUAUAACAGUAGAAUCAAUACAAAUGGAGACCUUAGACAAUACAUAAUGGUGUUUCACUUAGAUUGUGAAUGUACAAAUGAAGAAAAUAUAAGAUAAUGCCUUUGUAAAUUGCUCAAAACAUUUUAUGUAUGGUCAAUAAUACUUGGUGUUAUCAAAUCUAUAAAUUCAAAUAUUUGUGUAUAACACAUUUAAAGGAUUUUCAAAUAGUUUGAAGACUUCAAGAGAGCAGAAUAAACUAAUAAUCAUAUAAAAAUAUUUCAAAGAAAUAUAUUUAAAUAGUUGCAAUAGAAAUAUGCGUAUAUGUUGACUGCAAAUAAUUUUUUAUCACUUAGAAUUUAUAAUUAUUAUUAGAAAAUAGAUUGCUUCAUAAAUUCCAGUUGUUUAAUAACUGUUGUUAUUUUUACUUUAUUUUCUUUUUCCAAAAUAAAGAAUCAAUAUUACUACAGAAAGAAAAAUAGGAAAACAAUUAGUUCAACAAAAAUCAACAUAACUUAGGACAUUGGCUUUUUCAAAUGCUUAACACAUCCCCUCAAAUUUGUCAUUGUAAAAGUCAUAUAUACGGUAUAUAAAUAUACACAAUAUGUGAUGUAUGUAAAAUGUGUGAUUUUGUGUCUAAGUUAUCGGAGUGCAUGUUCCAAGGAUCUUGUUUUACAGGGUAGUGUUUUAUAACGGUUUCAUUGUUAGUUUAUGGAAGAAAAAUCAACAUUUAUAAUUUGAGGUUGUUGACACAUCUCUUCUAUUGCAGUAACAGCAAUUCCUUUUCUCUUUUAAGGCCUAUGGGAUUAUCCUUUAGUCACGAUUGUAACACUUUUUUGAUGGUAGUAACCAAAGCUUUUAGUAAUGAUAACUUAAAUACAGUUUUGUUUUUAAAAACAGUUGCAUAGUUGUGCAACCCUUCAAUUUUCUAUAAUUGUAGCUGUAAACCCAGACAUUUUUUUUAACAUACUCCUAAAAUGCCCUUCAAUUUUCUAUAUUUAAUUGUAGCUGUGAAUCCAGAAAUCUGUUUACAUACUCCUAAAAGAUUGAUCUAACCUUUAGAAUAUAGCUGUAAACGGUUUUCUUCUUAAAGUCACAUCUAAAUAGCACAUUUAAAUUGGAGGGCCUUUCACAUUGAUAUGUUUAACUUACAUAUAUCUAAAAAAUAUUCAUAAGAUAUUGAUGCUAGGAAUAUUUUAUUACAGUAUGAGUCUCCUAGUUUUACAGUGUGGUUUUGAGUUAGAGUUGGUUGCUUGCUGGUCUGCUUUAAGGUUUUAAGUUACCAGAUAAGUACAGUUACUAAAGCAUUUGGAAAAAAAUAUAAUACAGCAGUUAUUAGAUUGGGUUUAAAAUAACAUUUUAUCAAGGUUAAAUAAAUAGCUAUUAAAAAAACCAUUUGUGUGAUUGAAGUUAAUCUUAAGUGUUGAAGGAUUUAUUUGUUUCAAUUUCCAUCUUUGUACUGUCUUUAAUUCCUUGAACUGGAAUAGCCCUUAUGUUUCACUCUGCUUCCACUCUUUUGUAGAAAAAUAAGUGCUUUUCACAGCUGUAAUACAUAAUAAAAUAUGGUAAAUACAAUGUGCAAGAUUUUACUUAUAUAUUAAAUUGUGUAUUUUCAAA